AUCUUCAUUUCACACUGCAUGUGCGCCCUGGCCUAACUAACGUUUAUUAGGGAAUGGACGUGUGUGUGCGCGUGUGAUAGAAUAGUACUCGUCAUGUUGACUUAGUGUAGAUAACCUGGAGAAGACUGACUUUUUGGGUGUUUCCAGAAAUUAAUAUUUUCUUCAUCACCGUACUUCAGCUUGCCUGUGACUAAGUCGACAAGCGUUGGACACGGACUUUAUCCAGGGUAGCGAAGCGUGUGAUAGCCUACCUUAUAACACAGGCAGGUGGUGGAUUCAGUCCAGGGUUGACAGAGCAGCUGACAACACGUACUCUCGUGAGGAGCACAAGGUGUAUGACUAGGUCUUACUGGCAUGAUCGGUCCGGUGGAAACGGGAUAUUACCCAGAUCUGCCUCACACUAUAAGGAAAUGCAAGUUUUUAUUUGAUGGGAAUAAUUAUUUCAACACCUCAGUAUGUCAUGACAUCGGGAUUUCGUCACAUAACUAGUGUUAAAUCUAUUUUUAACGGAUGUACUGUUCCUUGUUGCAAGUAUAUCAUCCAGGGUAUUUGACUGCAUUUAGUUAUUUAUAGAUAUAUGUAUAUAGAUAAACAUAUAUUUUAUACACUGCGGAAAGCUUCAAACCAAAGGUGAAGGUCAGUUGGUACUCCAAAUGAGGAAGACGGGACUAGCCAUGUCUCGUGCAGUGACCUUGACCUUGUGUGUUUUGGCCGGAUUGUGUACUCUGCUUCAGCUGGUCAGUUUUGCUAGCCAGGGAUGGGGAAUCUGGACAGACAAGAUCACUAAGAGGAAAGUGUAUAUAGGACUGUGGUACAGUGUGGUUUGUGACUGGCCGUCCGGAUACUGUGCUAGCAUUUCUCAUCAUGAAGAACACCAGAAAAAUGUCGAAAAUGACGAAUUGAUGAAAGAGCCGCAGUACGCUCUCCGAGUUUGGGGUCAAGUGAUCGUGACCUUUGCCGUAUUUUUCUGCAUCAUUGGAUUCACCUGUGUCACGUUGAGCUGUCGUCUGCCACGACACAAAAGACGCUUCAACCUUGGAUCCGCAAUUGCGUUUGUGUCUUCAGGCUUCCUUAUGCUGUCCGUAAUAGGACACUGGACAGCGGACCUAAGUACGUAUGCGCGCAUCCGCUUGGACAAUUCCCGUAACAUAUACCACUUCCCGUGGUCCCUUCUUGUUGGGGGCUUAGGAGGGGUCCUCGCUCUGGCUGUCGGGGCAACCAAACUGCUGUUACUGUGUGCUGAGCUCCAGCCUGGGGAUGAAGGCCCGGGAGAUAAUACAUACAUCCCAAUGACGCAACAGAAUUCUGUACCUGCCCCGGGGGUUCCAGUAGAGGAAGGGGUCACAUACCCACCACAGCCUGAAUCAUUUCACAAGGGUGGGGAAUUUUCUUCAUCUGACAGCUACAAGGCGGAGUAUCCCUCCCUAGAGACGGGAAAAUCACAACUUAUCACCCAGUGUGACCAACAAAACCACCAGAAUGAAUGCAGUGUAAAAUGCAUGCUCUAACUAAAGGACAACACAUUGUUGUCGUGAUUUGCUCACGUGUCCAAAAUCUUGCUAGUCACGACCAGUAUCGUGUGCAAAUGUGCAGCGGAAGUGACGUGUAAAGUAUUGUGUUUAUGGUAACCAAAACUGAACUUUGGGUGAACAAAACGCACUUUGUAUAUGCUUUUGAACAUGACAUUUAAACAAUCUACGGAAAAAACCAACCCAUGUACAAGGCGGAUUUGACGUCAACAAUUUUCAGUGCCCGGAAAUAGUAUUUGGUGUUACCUGUGAGAUUCUGGAACUAAUAGCGGCUGUUUUCUAAAACUGGUUGUGAAAUCAUAUCGUUUUGUCCAGACUUCAUGACCCCGAUCAUUUGUCUAAAAUGAUGAGAACAAAUCCUAAAGUGUUCAUGUUAGAUCUUGAAUGACUGUCUAUUUUUAUGCUGUGCUUGUGUAAAUGACGUGAUAAUAUUGAAAUUUCACACUAAGUUUUAGUGCUAUACAAAUGUUACCUUCUAAUUACAUACAACUAUAUAUGUCUAAUCAUACAGCUUUUCAUCAUACAUGACAAACGCUUUUCAGACCAUGACUGUCUUUUUCGUUUUCACAUCGAUGGAGUGUUGCUACCAACUCCACAUGAUUACAUCGUUUGUGAUGUUUAUUGUAUUGUGAUACAAAAGUGUCAAUAACAGAGCUGAUUUGAAUGGAGUGAUGUUCUGUCUGCUGUUUCCUGUGUGAACCUAUUUACUUCCCAAUGUGUCAUAGAUUGACUUAAAUUAGGUUUAACCUGAUUUUUGUAAAGUUCAUCCUCUCAAAGUACACAGAACUCUAAAUCAUCCUGCAAAGUGCAUAUUUUUUUUCAAUUUUAAUUUAAUAUUCUUCCACAUUGAGAUCCAUAAAGCACUUGCUUUCCUUGUGUUGUCAUAGAACUAAGGUUUAUCUUGUUGUAGGAGUUGUCUUGAAAAUAUCAAGCGACAAGAACAUUAACCAAAAGGAGAAUGUGUAUGGUUUUAUCUCAUAGUGACUUGUUUAAACCAGAAUAUUGAAUAGUUGUGGAAUCAAAUUGAUCACAAUUUUACAAACUUUUAUGGAUAACGUCAUGGUUCAUUGAUGGCGAUAGACAUGUGAAGUUGAUGUCAUUCAUGAAUCUUUAUUUUUGUUAAGUUUUUUUCCCUCCCGCACAAAGUGUGAUUUAAUUUCACAUUUCCAUUUGUUUUUAAAGGAAAGCUAUUCUAACUUUAGAUAUUAAACAUGGUGGGAUUGGACACAUCAUCUUUUCUUAAAAUUUUCAAUACAAACCCAUCCAUUUAUCUGUUUCUAACUUUAGAUCUCCUCCAUUUAUCUGUUUCUGACUUUAGAUCUCCUCCAUUUAUCUGUUUUUGACAUUACAACUCACCCAUUUAUCUGUUUUUGACAUUACAACUCACCCAUUUAUCUGUUUUUGACAUUAUAACUCACCCAUUUAUCUGAUUUUGACAUUACAACUCACCCAUUUAUCUGAUUUUGACAUUACAACUCACCCAUUUAUCUGUUUUUGAAAUUACAACUCACCCAUUUAUCUGUUUUUGACAUUACAACUCACCCAUUUAUCUGAUUUUAAAAAUUAGAUUUAUGCUAUUGAUAGGGUAAGAAAUAUUUACCAAACCAUUUGUUGUUAUUUCAUAUUUCCAUCUUUACAAACUCUAGAGAUUUUAUUUUGCUUUGUUUUAAAUUAUAUGGAACUGAUGAAUGUUAACAAUCAUCCUACAUUUUGAUGAGAUUUAGUUUUCGUCUACUAGGUCUUAACAAGGGAAAAUGUUUGAAAAAAAGUCAAAAGUCAAAUUCACGAAAUGCUUGAAAUGACAUCCUCAAUUUUCCAUCAUCACUUUAGCCCUGUCUAUUUACUUUAUUGGGAAUUACGUUGCCUAGGUUAAUGUGUGUUAUGUUAGAGUGUACAUUACGUUAAUGUAUGUGUGUUAUGUCAAUGUGUGUGUUGUGUUAGAGAGUGUGAUAUGUCAAUGUGUGCGUUGUGUUAGAGAGUGUGUGUUGUGUUAGAGAGUGUGUUAUGUCAAUGUGUGUGUUGUGUUAGAGAGUGUUUUAUGUUCGAGUGUGUUUUGUCAAUGUGUGUGUUAAGUUAGAGAGUGUUUUAUGUUCGAGUGUGUUUUGUCAAUGUGUGUGUUAAGUUAGAGAGUGUUUUAUGUUCGAGUGUGUUUUGUCAAUGUGUGUGUUAAGUUAGAGAGUGUUUUAUGUUCGAGUGUGUUUUGUCAAUGUGUGUGUUAAGUUAGAGAGUGUUUUAUGUUCGAGUGUGUUUUGUCAAUGUGUGUGUUAAGUUAGAGAGUGUUUUAUGUUCGAGUGUGUUUUGUCAAUGUGUGUGUUAAGUUAGAGAGUGUUUUAUGUUCGAGUGUGUUUUGUCAAUGUGUGUGUUAAGUUAGAGAGUGUUUUAUGUUCGAGUGUGUUUUGUCAAUGUGUGUGUUAAGUUAGAGAGUGUUUUAUGUUCGAGUGUGUUUUGUCAAUGUGUGUGUUAAGUUAGAGAGUGUUUUAUGUUCGAGUGUGUUUUGUCAAUGUGUGUGUUAAGUUAGAGAGUGUUUUAUGUUCGAGUGUGUUUUGUCAAUGUGUGUGUUAAGUUAGAGAGUGUGUUAUGAUAGAGAGAGUGGGUUAUGUCAAUAGAUGUUCUAUGUCAAUGUUAUGUUAAGUUUGUUUUGUAUGUAUUAUGUUGGUGUAUGUAUUAUUUGUGGUGUGAUAUGAUAGCGCAUAUGUUAUGUGUGUGUUAUGUUAGUGUAUGUAUUAUUUGUGGUGUGAUAUGAUAGCGCAUGUGUUAUGUGUGUGUGUUAUGUUAGUGUAUGUGUUAUUUGUGGUGUGAUACGAUAGCGCAUGUGUUAUGUGUGUGUUAUGUUAGUGUAUGUAUUAUUUGUGGUGUGAUACGAUAGCGCAUGUGUUAUGUGUGUGUUAUGUUAGUGUAUGUGUUAUUUGUGGUGUGGUAUGAUAGCGCAUGUGUUAUGUGUGUGUUAUGUUAGUGUAUGUAUUAUUUGUGGUGUGAUAUGAUAGCGCAUGUGUUAUGUGUGUGUUAUGUAAGUGUAUGUGUUAUUUGUGGUUAGAUAUGAUAGUGUAUGUAUUAUAUUAUUGUAUGUGCUCGAUGUUUACUGUCCCACUGACAAUUUUUCAUCAUUACUCAUCAAGACGAAAACUAUCUCUGUCCAUAUUAUUUUAUAUUUUUUUCUGGAGGGAUAUUUUAGAAAAAAAUAGUAACAUUUUUUCAUUACGUAGUAAUAUUUUUAUGCAUUUUUCAUCCGUUUAUUAUAUGUUCAAUAUUUAUUUUUUAAUUAUUUUCAUAAGGAAGAUCUGUGGGUUUCUGUUACCUUUACUUAAAAACAAAAGAAAGAGAAAUGAAAGAAGGAAGAAACAGAAUCAACAACUUGAUUGGGAAAGAAAUGUUUCCAUGCACUUCGAUUCAAAACAUGUUUCGUUCAAAUUUUAAAACUUCCAAGGAUAAGCCGAAUCUUAUGACUGCUGACUUUUCAUUCUUUUUGGGUUUUUCGGUUUUUAUUUUUACGUUUUUGAGAUUCCAAUCUUACCCUUAAUUUUGUUUGCCUCAAAACACGUCAUUUUCAAUGUUUGUAAUAUAAAGAUGAACAUAUCUUAUUAUCGCUCAUUGAAAUUUGUUCUUGUCUUAAAUAUUGAAAAGUGUUAUUUUUAAUAUCUUUUUAUAAACAAAAUUAAUUAUGAUAAAAUGUAUAGUCUUAUAUAUCUCAUUCCCUUAAUGAUUUUUUUUCAAAUAUCCGUUUAGAUAUUGUUUACUUUUUCCAUGUCUGAUACGGGAAACAUUUAAACCAUGAUUGUUAACCCAAACACCUUACUGUAUGUCUAUGUAUACCUUUACAAUUUACCAUUCCAUAUUUGUUUCCCGUUUCCAUUGAACCAAGUGCCAGUGACCUAUAUUCCAUACCAUGCCACCUAGAGGGAUUGUGUUGGAGAGAUAAACCUUUUGAAUUAUUUUCUGGGCUGUUUAAAUUUUUGUAACUAUUUUAGUCAAUGAUGUGACAGCAACAUAGGAAGGGUUCACUUCCAAAAAAUUAGAUCCAGUUCUUGUCUUGAUAGCAUCUUCCACGGAGAUAAAAAUCUCUGUAUUAUCUAAGACCAUGUUUAAAAACUUUCAAAAUUGAUGAUUUCACAAAAAAGUUACUUCCUCUCAUUUUGGUGGAAUUCAAUGUAUUAUGUUCAGAGCAGCAACUCCGGAAUACAAGGAUCCCUCUAUUUGUUCAGUAACUAAUGCAUUUCCAAGAUAUACAAACAUCCAUAUCCCCAAUUUAGUUCCCGAAUUCUAAUCUCCACACAGUCCCCCUUUGACAUCCUUCCAGAUAUUUUCUCUAAUAAUGAAAAUCGCCUAUUUUUCGCGUUUUCAUUACCAGAUGUAAGGCUUAAAGUUUGUAUCGAAUUAAGCUUGUCUGCUCCUGCUUUCGAUAAUCUUUUUUUUCAGUUUAUGAGGUCCACGUGCUUGAACAUAUCAAAUAAAUGAUAAAAAGCAGUGUUAUGUAGAAAUGUUAAAGAAUUCAGACUUUUAAAUGGGAAAUGUAACCACGAAAUUAUAUCAUAACAACAAUGAAGAAAAACUUUCCAGUCACUUUCUAAGUUAUAAAUCAAUAACGGAUUGUUAAAAUUAAUUGUGGUUAUUAUCUAAACAAAAACAAGAACUACAAUGCUGCGAACAAUAUUUGAUCCUCAGUAUGUGAUUAAUUCAUUCCAUACAUCAACUACUGUGUGUGUUUGUCACGUGUUAUCUCAUUGUCAAGUGACGAUCGAUGUUUUGUUGAUAUUCAGUGGAAAAUAUAAGGUGAGCUGAUAUCGAAUCUUCGAAUUACUGGGUUCGGAUUUAUCGAUAUUUCACUGAAUAUUUUUAUGUAAGGGAGAUAACUCUCGUAAAGUUUGUCGCAAUUACGAUCGAAUUCCAUGUAAUGGAACACUAUUAUUUUUGUUUGUUUAACACACAAUUUCAUCAAUGUAAGCCGAUAUAUCCGAGUUAUUAUGAAUAAAAUGCUCAGUAUGGUUUGCAAAAAAUU